AUGGCAACUGAUGCUAGUGCGAAACCUCCAAGCAGUGGGAAUGGCUUUAACAAUUUCUUGAAAUUUGUUGCAUUGCCUGGAGGGGUUGCUGGUGGUGCGUACUACUUUUACAACCAGAAUCAGUUGGAAACACAAGCAAGAAUCAAAGCAAGAUUGGAUAAGAAGGCAGCGGAGAAUCCUGUGGCUGCUCUGGACGGGAAAACAUUCCUACCCUUUGUUCUGAAAGAGGUUGUUGACGUUAACCAUAACACGAAACGCUUCCGGUUCGCCCUCCCUGAGGGAACUACAGAGCUUGGUCUCCCAACCGCUUCUUGCGUUGUGACAAAGUACGUUAACGGCGUCAAAGAAAAUGGAAAGCCGAACGUUGUCAUUCGCCCUUAUACUCCGGUGGAAGACCCUGCUGAUGGCUACACUGGCUAUUUUGAUCUCAUCGUCAAACAAUAUCCUAAUGGCCCUAUGUCUACCCAUAUCCACUCUCUCAAACCCGGAGAUACGCUAGAUGUGAAAGGACCAAUCAAGAAAUACGAAUACAAAGCCAACGAGUUCAAUCACAUUGGAUUGCUAGCUGGUGGAACAGGCAUUACACCCAUGAUGCAACUCAUUCAGCGAAUCCUCUCGAACCCUGCCGACAAGACCAAAAUGACUUUGGUGUUUGCCAAUAUCGCCGAGGAAGAUAUCCUUCUAAAGGACUAUUUUGACGCCCUUGCCAAGAAGCAUCCCGAGCAAUUUGAAGUGCGCUAUUUCGUGGAGAAACCUCCAAUCGGUUGGCGUGGAGGCGUGGGCUACAUUGGAGAGGGAGUGAUUAAGGAAGCUUGUCCUGCACCGGGUAAAGGCAAAGUCUUCAUUUGUGGACCUAAUCAGAUGCUGGCUUCGAUAUCCGGCACCAAGGCGCCAGACUACAGUCAAGGAGAGAUUGGCGGUAUUCUGAAAAAGCUUGGGUAA